AUGGCGGCAAAUCCAUUUCUCUUCAACGAGGAACCAUUUACUUCUCCUGGAUCAACUGGAUCGAAUCCAUUUUUGAUGAACGAUGAAGAAGACAUGCAUGGAGGUGUUGGAUUCAACGAUAACCCCUUUUUGUCGCAAACUGCUGCUACUAUAUCGACUAAUCCCUUCAGUUUCGAUCCUAUGGAGCUUGAACCAGCAGAAGCAGAAGUCCCAAGAAUACUUCCUGGACCAGUUCUCAACGAUCCAUUCGGUGAUAUCGGUGGAAGUAUGGAUGCACCAUUCACCGUUACCGAGCAUAUCAGUAUUCAGCCAAUGAUAGGCACAGAGUCAUCCAAAACAGAUACAGUUUCCGUACAGAAGCCUUCAGACUUGGAGUUAAAGUUUUCUCACCAACCUGCAAAUGGUCCAUCACGUCCUCCACCUCCAAGACUACCUCCAUCCAAAGAAACCCAGGACUUGUUGAUGUCCGUGAUGGGAGCUAUGGAUGCCACAAGCUCCUCAUUGUUGAACAAAAUACCACCUACCAGGAGUCCCAGUCCAGUUUCCAUGAGAGAUCUUCAUUCUCCGAGCCCUACUCCUGAACACAAUUUCGGAGAUCUUCUAGAUGUUAGCGAUAAACCAUCAGAGCACGUCUCCAGCACUGAUCUGUUUGGAAUAGAUGAUGAGAAGAAGUGUGAUAUAAAUCAGAAUCCAGCUGUCACACAGGAACUACUAUCCCAGGUAAAACCACCAAGACCUGCACCUCCAAUCAGACCACCCAAGCCACCGUUGCCUGCAGCAAUAUUCAACCAAAAACCAAAGAAUCCUAUCGAGGCACCUGUUGCAGCCAAGAAGGAUGAUAUUGAAGAUAUGGAUAUGUUUGGGGUAGAAGCAACACCUAGAAAGAAGGAGGUCACAAAUGCUGAUAUAAUGAACUUAUUCAAUGCGCCCAAACAAGAAUUGCCUAAGACUGAUCUUCUUUGUGACCUGAUGGAGCCUGAACAUAUGGAGGAACCACAAAUUAUAUCAACUAAUAUCUCUGAGGACUUAACGAUCAAAGAGGAAAAACUAUUUUCUCCAGUAGGUCAAACGAAUGAAUUGGGCGUUGAUAAUUUGAUGUCUUCGGGACCGUCACAAGAAGACUUACAGAUGGAUUUGAGUGAUACUCAAAGUAAAGGGUCGAUUUCUAGUGUAACUCUUAAUCCAUUUGCUCCAUCAGAAGAAAUUACCGAUGCUAGUAUAACUCAACCAGCUAUGAUCGUAGAUAAUUUUCGGGAGAUCAAUCAGAAUUCAGAAUCAGAACAGAUCGAUAUUUUUGAGGACGCAGGACGAAAUGUGAUCGAAGAGAAAGAUUCUACGUCGAAUAUAUUUGGAAUUUCGAGUAGCGAUAAUUUUGUGAACCAAAAUAACGAUUUCACUACUCCAAAUGAAACAAAUACUUUCCAUAGUCAGACCGACAGCUUUAAUGAUUUUCGAGUUAAUGACAAUACAUCCGUACCAAAUACUGUUAAUGCUUUCGGAGAUAUACUAUCAAGCAACGAGGAAGCAUUUAGUUCUGUACCUGACGACUUUGAUGACUUCGCGAAGAAAUUCGAUUCUGUGAAAACCGAGGAAAAAUUUGGCGCUUCACAAGUUGAAAGUGCUUGGGGUAAUGAUUUCUCGAAUACCACGGCUGAUGGUUCGAGUGGUUUCGGUCAGGAUGAUGGUUUUGAUUCCUUUCUGGCUCUUCAACAACCACCUGCUGUGCCACAGAGUACUCCCCUCAGGAUAAGUAGGGCUGGUUCACAGGACUCAGAUGAGGAUAAGGACUUCUCAGUGUUCAUAAGACCAAAAGGAAGUGAAGAAGUUGAUAGUGGGCUGCUACCUACAAUAGCCCCUCCCCCUCCAACUGUGUCAUCUGCUUUCGUCGAUACUUCUCCUAGAUUCAAUCCGUUCGAUAACCAAGCUGAAGACGAACCCAUUGCUGUUCUGAAUGACAUCCCUUAUGCUGGUAAUCUCGAGCGCAGUGAUUCUCAAGAAACUCCUCCAACUCCUUUGUAUGACGAGGACGUUUCUCAACCUCUCGAACCAUUCCCGCGAACGAAAUAUACAGGGGACGGUUGGGAAAUGCAACUCCGUCAGCCAAAUAAAAAGAAAAUAACUGGUCAACGUUUCUGGAAGAAGAUCAUCGUCCGAUUGCAGUACCAGCCGGACUGCGUUCUUCUUCAGCUGUUCAACCAACGGGACGACAAGGACCCGUUCCAGGAGUUACCUUUGCAACCUUGCUACUCCGUGUCCGAAAUUGGUGCUCAGCAAUAUGACAAUUUUGGAAAGAUUUUCACGCUGAAGCUGCAAUACAUCUUCUACAAGGAGAGACCUGGAGUUAGACCAGGUCAAGUGAAGAAAGCAGAGAGGAUCACCAAUAAAUUGAGCCAAUUCGCUGCUUAUGCCAUACAGGGUGAUUAUCAAGGGGUUAAAGAAUUCGGUAGUGAUUUGAAGAAACUCGGUCUUCCUGUAGAACAUGCUCCACAAGUUUCGCAACUCAUGAAACUUGGCUCUCUCAACUACGAAGACUUGAAGCAGUUUUCAUUUUCUAUUGAAGAAGCUUUAUUCGUUCUGCAAGCACACAGGGAUCGAGCAUUACACUACAAAAUGGAGGAGGUUCAAAUUACUGCUGUGGACGAGUUGCAUGUAGAACAAGAUGCUGAAGGUCAUAUCGAGAAGCAAAUCGCCAGGGUGAGGUUAUUCUUCCUAGGCUUCUUGACCGGCAUGCCAGACGUCGAACUAGGCAUCAACGAUAUGAGAAGACAAGGCAAAGAGGUGGUGGGCAGACACGAUAUCAUUCCUGUGGUAACUGAAGAAUGGAUUAGGUUGGAGGACGUCGAGUUCCACUCCUGCAUUCAGCAGGAGGAUUACAACGAAACGCAUAUUAUAAAAUUUAAGCCCCCAGAUGCUUGCUAUAUUGAAUUGAUGAGAUUCCGAGUGAGGCCACCAAAGAAUAGAGAACUCCCUCUGCAACUAAAAGCUCAAAUAUGUGUUACAGGGUACAAAGUAGAACUCAGGGCAGAUGUCUUAGUGCCUGGGUUUGCUUCCAGAAAACUAGGACAAAUUCCUUGUGAAGACGUCAUGAUUCGUUUUCCUAUACCAGAGUGCUGGAUUUACCUUUUCAGAGUGGAGAAACAUUUCAGAUAUGGAUCUGUUAAAUCGGCCCAUAGAAGGACAGGAAAAAUAAAGGGUAUCGAAAGGAUAUUGGGAACAAUGGAAACCCUUCAAGAAAAUCUAAUAGAGGUAACUUCUGGUCAAGCAAAAUAUGAGCAUCAGCAUAGAGCUAUCGUAUGGAGAUGUCCUAGACUGCCGAAAGAAGGCCAAGGUGCUUAUACUACACACAACAUGGUUUGUCGUAUUGCCUUGACCAGCUAUGACCAAAUGCCCGAGAAGCUAGCAGAAUACUGUUACGUAGAAUUCACAAUGCCUGCUACUCAGGUCAGUCAUACCACCUGUAGGAGUGUCAGUUUGCAGAAUUCUGACAGCGAUGAACCACCUGAGAAGUAUGUGCGAUAUCUGGCCAGGCACGAAUAUAGAGUUGGAAUUGAACACACAGAAGGAGAAAAUCCGAAUCCCUAUGCAGCUGCUACUUACGUGUCUAAACCAGCUGCCCCUCCAAAGGUUGAACCACCCCCAAAGGUGGUAGAGGAAUCCAGUUCCGAUAGCGACUAG